AUGCAUAACCAAGGAGGUACCUAUGCAGAGCUCAAUCAUGCUAAGGACUCAAAAAGACAGCAAAUGAAAGCUAAGGGCACUAAGUGUUCCACUUCAGUAACUGAGCAGGAAAUAACCUAUGCAGAAUUAAAUCUUCAAAAUGCUUCUCAGGAUCUUCAAGGGGAUGGCAAGAACUACCACUGCAAAGAUUUAUCAUCAUGUCCAAGGAAGCUCAUUGCUGGAAUCCUGGGAAUCAUCUGCCUUGUCUUGAUGUCCACUGUGAUUACAAUAGCUGGUAUUCUCUCUUAUCACUGUGGUCAUUGUCCAAAAGAUUGGUUUACAUACUCCAACAAUUGCUAUUACAUUAGCACUGAAAGAAAACCAUGGAAUGAGAGUUUCUUGUCCUGUGCUUCUAAGAACUCUACUCUGCUCUAUAUAGAUGAGAAAGAGGAAAUGGUUUACAGCGUCAUCGAAGAGUGA